AUGGGCGAGAAGGAUAUCGAGUGUGGGUUGAAGAAGGGAGAGAGAGAGAACGAGACCAAAGCCUUAGACAGUAUCCGCUUGCAAGCCGUUUAUCAGGCUGAGUCCGAAUCCAUAAAUGUAAGGGUUUGCUCCCUCAAGGGUCGCGAGAGCUGCUGCGAUUGA